AAUCGUUCCUCGUGGGAUGUGCUGGCCGUUUCUGUGUGAUAUCUCAGUACAUUCUUGCUAGUACAGUGAUCCAUCCAUUCUCUUCUUUUAUAAAGGACUUCACUUCGAUCAACAUCCUUAAGUACUCGGAGCUCGAAUCGCCGGAUCACCAUGGGCGUCCCGACAUUGUUCAAGUACAUGCUUGCAGCAUCUGCAGCCUUAUACAGUGUCACAGCGGCAGAUUUCUGCGACACCAUCAAAGCCGAGAACGUCGAAGUGGAUGGUCCGCUCUCUGUCCAAUAUGAAGAGACAUUGACCAAAUAUUGGUCUGCGGCCUGUUCGGCCCUGCGUCCCUCUUGCAUAUUGGCUCCGUCUAGCGCCGCCGAGGUCGCGGAUAUCAUCAGCGCGCUGCAUAGCACGGAUGACUUGUUUGCUGUCAAAUCGGGUGGUCAUAUGCCCAAUAAUGGUUUCGCCAGUAUUCAGAACGGCAUCCUUAUCUCAAUGCAGAAUUUGGACCAGGUGGUAUAUGAUGCGGAAACAGAGACUGCCGUCGUCGGACCAGGCCUGUCGUGGGAAGAUGCCCAGAAGGGUUUGGAUGGGACUGGUCGCACACUUGUUGGUGGUCGUUUGGGAGGUGUCGGCGUUGGUGGUUACAUGCUUGGAGGUGGUUUGAGCUUCUUGAGCUCUCAAUAUGGCUGGGCAGCGAACAACGUUGUCAAUUACGAGGUUGUUCUUGCGAAUGCUACGAUCGUCAAUGCUAAUAAGGAUGAGAAUCAAGACUUGUUCUAUGCCCUGAAAGGAGGCGGCAAUAACUUCGGUAUUGUAACGGCAUACACAUUGCAGACUCACCCAAUUGGCCAGGUCUGGGGAGGCAACUACAUCUUCCCUGGUUCCAAGUCCCCCGAGGUGCUUGAAGCGACACGCACCUUCACCGAGCACUAUCCAGAUGAAAAGGCUGCUGUCAUUGUGACCCAUGAACGUGCUCUUGCUAUCGACAGUUGGAUUGUAUUUUUGUUCUAUGACGGUCCUACUCCACCGCAGGGUGUUUUCGACGGUCUCAAGGCUGUCGGGCCAGAGGUUGAUACUACUAAGACAUGGGAUACUUACUAUGACUUGCUCAAAUUCAACGACUUUGCGAUUCUUCACGGACAACGAUAUCUCAUUGGAACAGAGACGACUCCUCUGCCCAACAAGACUGUCGGCGCCGAGGUCAUGCAGUCAUACCAUGAUCACUUCGUGGAUGUGGGCAACGGUAUUCUCGAUGUGCCUGGAUUGAUCUCGACGAUGGCUUUGCAGCCAAUGCCCCGUAACAUUACCAGCAAGGCUAAGGCUCUUGGAGGAGACCUCAUCGAUUUACCCGAUGACCAAGACUACAUUAUUUUUGAGCUGGACUACUCAUACAGUCUUCCCAGUAGCGACGACAAGGUUUCUGCUGCUCUGCAGGAUUUAUACAGCGGUCUCCACGACUUGGUCGAUCAGCAUAUCGAGAACAGCCUCCUCCCUGAUGUCUAUCGUCCAUUGUUCAUGAACGAUGCGUAUUCCCAACAGGACUACUGGGGUCGCAUUCGGACGAAGGACAUCGCUCUUCAGACCCGUCUCAAGUACGACCCGGAUGGUUUCUUCCAGAACCGCACGAGUGGUGGUUUCAGGUUGAACUAGAUUCUAUCUGCUUGGUUGGAGAGAUCUAUAUGCAUCCUGUUGAUAUUUGAGGAUAUACG